AUGUCCAACGAGCCCGCUAGCACCGACCCCGCCGCCGCCCCGACCAAGGUCGAGCACGCGACUUCCAACCCCACCUCGUCGAGCGCGAGCGGCACGGCGAGCUCGAGCGACGCGGCGGCGGACGACGACAGCGACAAGCCCGUCGCCUCCUACCCGCUCGUCAACGCGCAGGGCCGCAGCCUAUUCGGCUUGUACUCGUCGUUGGGCGUAUUCCUCGCUUCCUACACGACCCAGGAGCACAUAGCGCGCAUGCGCGCCAUGCGCGACGAGGCGGCAAAGAAGGGCUUUGAGCAGAAGCUCAAGCAGGACAAGGAGGCGCAGGCCGAGGCGGCGAGGGAGUGA